UCCCUCGUAUCUCUUUGUUUCAAACUCAAAUUGCUGCCUAUAUAUGUGCAACUACAUGCUUUAAUCUAUGUCAAGAAACCGAAAAGAGAAGAGAGUUGAUCAACAUGACAAAGCUUUUGUGGGCUAAGUUAAAAUCUACCUUUUCAAGGGCAGGAGGAUCUCCCAAGGAACGAGCUAGCAGCUUAAGCAACAAGUUGAACGUUAAUGAAGAAUACAAGGAAGCUUUCAGGACGAAGUCUUAUGUGGAAAUGUGGAGCAAGGUUCAGGACCAGCUAAGAAAAACACGCGUUGAUGGAGUUGACAAAGUCACCUCACCGUCCUCAUCUCUUCCUUUCUAUCCCCAUCUCUCUGAUUAUUUGUUUGAACCACAGCAGCAAGCGACCCUGGGAGAGAUGAUAGAAAGCUUGAGGUUUCAUCACUUUCUGAUUGAUUACUUUGAAGCCAGAUCAGAAGCAUGUCAUAUUUGCGGUUUGCUUCUUCAAUGCAUCCAGCAAACACGUGCUAAUUAUAAGAAAAUUAGAAGGGUAAUCAAGUUAAGCAAAAGGGUGCAAGAUUCUGCAGAUUAUUCAGAUAAGAUUUGCAUCGCAAUGUUUAGAGAGCUUGCUGCGUAUGCAUUGCUUGAAAAUCCAUUAUCGAUGUUUUCUACCACUGUAAAAUUCAAUGAUUUUCAUGAUAACAACUUGGUGUUGCUCCACGGAUUGAAUUCAGAACAGAGAAAGAUUAUGAGGAAAGCAAAGUUCAGAAGGAUAUGCAUGAAGGUUGCAGGAGGGUGUCUUGUCAUAUCACAUACUGCACUUCUAAUUGCCUUGCUUGUAAUUGCAACCCAUGGCAUAGUUGGCAUUGUGGCUGCACCAGGAAUAAUGGGUUGCUCGUUGUAUGUAUUCAGAAAGCAAAUCAAGUUGGUUCAUCGGGGGCUUGAGACAAGCUUGCUUGAAAAAAGACUUGGUGCACAACUAGAUCUUGCAGCCAAAGGAACUUACAUAUUGAUCAAAGAUUUUGAUACCAUGAGUAGACUCGUGAGGAGGUUAUUCGAUGAGGUAGAACGCCGUAAAGCUCUUGCUGAUAUGUGUGUAAGGAAUAAAAAACCUGAACUGUUGAAAGAGGUCGUGAAAGAAUUUCACACUCACGACUUGUGCUAUCUGGAGCAGCUAGAAGAACUCGAGCAACACAUCUACCUGUGUUUUCAUACCAUAAAUAGAUCCAGAAGGCUUGUUAUGGACGAGAUAAUGGCUGCACCCGAGAAUAGUAGAGCUGAUGAUCAUCAACAAAAGAUCUUACAAGGAUGAUGAAAAUAUUUGGAGAGAUAGUGGUAGGAGGUGAUCUUUGGUGUUACAAUACAGGCUCCAGAUAGAAAUUGCUUCUCCCUACGCUGAGCUUACCUAGAUUACAAGGCACAUCCAAUUAACCCAUGAUUUAUUUAUCACUUCUAAUGUUAACUUCAACCCUGUAUAUGUCCAGAUUACCAUUCAUUAAUUAUAGUCUCCCUGCAUAUUACCCAA